AAUUUCAGAUUUCAAUUCAAAUUAUUGUUAUUUUUUACUUUCACUUGUUAUUAAGGUGACUUUGGGCCGCACUUACACCUUAUAUAUAAUUCAAAGAUUCUUAGUGAUUAAGGAUGCAAAUCAAUGUCUCAAAGGACGGAAUUUGCUCGUCGGAGUCCGUUAAUGGGAGUCGCGAUGUUUGGAGUUGUAAAGAUUCUCUUGCUUCCUCAGCUGAUCAUCUUGUUAUCAUGGUCCAUGGAAUCCUCGGCAGUUCUUCAAAUUGGAAGUAUGGAGCAGAACAAUUUGUUAAAUGGUUACCCGAUAAAGUAUUUGUGCAUUGCAGUGAACGCAACAUUGCUACACUUACUUUAGAUGGUGUGGAUGUAAUGGGAGAACGUUUGGCAAAUGAGGUCCUUGAUGUAAUUCAAGAAAAGCCUAAUCUAUGCAAGAUCUCUUUUGUUGCACAUUCUGUGGGAGGAUUAGUGGCAAGAUAUGCGAUUGGGAAACUCUAUAGACCUCCUAAGGAAGAAGUUAAAGAGGAUAUAUGCAGUAAUGGAUGCAAGGAAGAACAAAGGGGUACAAUUGGUGGCUUAGAGGCUAUUAACUUUGUAACUGUUGCAUCUCCUCAUCUUGGUUCAAGGGGCAAUAAGCAGGUACCAUUUCUUUUUGGGGUGACUGCUUUUGAGAAAGCUGCAAGCUCUGUUAUUCAUUGGAUAUUUAGGAGAACAGGUCGACACCUUUUUCUUACUGAUGAUGAUGAAGGAAAGCCUCCACUGCUUAAGCGGAUGUUGGAAGAUUAUGAAGAGUGUUAUUUCAUGACUGCAUUGUGUUUAUUCAAACGCCGGGUGUUGUAUUCCAAUGUGGGCUAUGACCAUAUUGUGGGCUGGAGAACCUCAUCAAUAAGACGGGAUAGUGAACUGCCAAAGUGGGGGGAGUCUCUGAAUGAAAAGUAUCCACAUAUAGUGUAUGAAGAACACUGCAAGGCUUGUGAUGUCGAAUGGUGUGAAACUACUUCAACAGAGAAUGAUGACUCAUCUGACAAGCUAGAAGAGGAACUGUUGAGAGGCCUGUCCCGAGUUUCAUGGGAAAAAAUAGAUGUUAGUUUUCACACCAGUAGACUGAGAUUCGCUGCUCACAGUGUCAUUCAGGUGAAAGAUGAAUAUAUGCAUAUAGAUGGUGCGGAUGUCAUCCAACAUAUGAUCGAUCAUUUUCAUACUUAAAAAGCAUUGGUCUUCAGAAAUAUGGAGCCAUAUGCAGAGAUACAAUCUUAUUUUAGGUAAAAAGCACAGAUCAAUUUUGCGAUUUUCAGCGAUUGAGAUCCGAAUCAGGUCCCCUAGUUGUUGAUUGUAAGUCGGUUCUUGAAAUCCCCCAUCGAUUGCUUUGUUCUGGGAAAAGAAUGGGUAUGACAAUUGUGAUUAGUUUUAGCAGUCACGAAGAAAAUUUUGUUCAUUCAUCCAUCAUUUUUACGUUGUAUACACGUGCGCGUUCAACAAUAUAUAAGUAUCUAAACACAUCUUCUGUUGUAUGUUCUAAAGUGAUAAUUAUUCAGUAAUGGAUCAUUUCGAUUUUGC